UUCUCACGGUUGUGUUUACAGGAAAUUCUCAGACAUUUUCUAUUUUUACCAAAGAGAAGCAACCAUGUARUUGAAAUUUUAUACACUUUCAUUGUAUUUUUUCGAAGUUUUGCUCUCACUGGUGGAAAAGUUGUCUAAAAGGCGGGAGAAGUCYGUAGUUAUUCAGCAGUCAGUUUUAAAACUGAGCAGCAGCACCAUCAUCUUGAGGAGCUCCUAAAUUUGUGAACUCUUAUUCUUAGAAAAACUGUUGUGCGACAACUUUUAUUGUAAGACUGAACAACUAGGAUGACACAAUGUAACACCAUUUUGGUCGAAUAUUUUAAGAUGUAAUACUUGUGGAGUUUUACAUGUAAGCUUUGGUGGUGAGCAGGACAAAUUUCUACAUUCGAGAUGUUYUCCGAUGAUGAAGAAGCCUAUUAUUUUGCUCAUCCUGACUACAUGUACGAUACCGAGGAUAGCGAGCCGUAUUACGAUGAUGACGACUAUUACGAAGAUGAUUUUGGUUUUGAUGCUUAUACAGUAAAAAUGCUGGAAACAGCACGAUUCAGAUGUAAGCUUGAAGAUGAGACAGAUGAUGUCGGCCCAGUAAUCUUUCAGCCCAAGUCUCUUGUUGAUGUCUGUUGCAAGUAUUUGGCUGUCAACUUYCCMUUUGCCUACCUACAAGACAGGUUUCCUCCAGUUCCAGAUGAUUUGCAACUGAAAGUCAUCACUUACUCAUUUCCAGAAAAACAAGAUCAGAUMAGAAAGUAUGCCGAGUUUAGUCGGCCUUCUGUUGAUUUGGCCUUUCAAAAAGCCAUGUGCACUAGUGACAAUGUGACCAAUAUGAUGCAGAUUGGAUUUCGACUGAGUGCAAAUGUGGACAGCCACUACGUAACCAUUCACUUUGACAGAGGAAAAAUCACUUCGGCCCAGUGUUCAUGUGGUGAUUCAUCAGGUUGGUGUUACCAUGUCUUAGCCACAGCAGUGAAAAGAAUCAAACACGCUGGGAAAUUAGACAAAUCACAACUGAGACUUCCUGUGUCCGAUUCAUUGAAUACACUUAGUCGUGAACAGCUCCUGAAGUUUUCCCAGUACUURCUGUACCAUCACCAAAAUCAUAAGGUAGUUGAGACUGCACAGGGUUUAAUUGACAAGCUAGUGGAUCACCAUGGUAACUAUGGAGAUGAAGAUAUAAAUGUUGUUCAAGGAGCACCGGAUCCUACUGCAGGACCAGGUCUUGAUGAGGAGAGUCACUGGUUUAUGUGUGAUAAAGGCUUCAAAGAGAAAUGCCAUUUCAUAAUUAAUGAAACAUUGCAGGCACUUGGAUUUGCCUGUCUAGAGAACAGUGAAAACUACUCUUUAACUGACCUUUGGUAUAAAAACAGAUGYCAAACACCUUUAGUUAAAGAUGAAGUUGACGUUGCACUUGGCUCCGAGUUUUAUUCAUGUUCAAGACACCAGUCUGUUUCACUGAAAAUCCUUGAGACAGUUCUUGAGUUGUUACAAGAUGACAGUACAACUGGAUUAACAGCCAUUAAGUCAUGUACAGAACAAGUUGUGUCACGUUUAAGUAGGAGGAGUUAUCGUUCUGUUACACGGUCAGAUCCUCUGAAUAGAUUCCUUUGCCAUUCAAGUGUUUCACCAGCAAUGGGUUUUACUGCAAGGCCGUUCAGAAGUUGGACAUUAUGUGAUGAACUGUCCAGGCUGUGGCAAGUCACUGUACUGAACCCAAAACUAAAGACCAAGGAACGYGAACAAGUUGCACAAGAACUUUUUAACUGGAACCAGGAAGUCCAAACAGGAAGCAAUGCAGAUUUACUUGUAAGAUGGAAUGGCCUUGAAGUAGCUUACAAUCUCUGUCAACACAUCAACUGGAAUAGUUUGGAAAUGCAGGGUAUUAUAGAUGGCCCCAUACCAGCACAUUACUCCAUCAGUGGAAUCACCCUAGUUGAAGUUAAAYUAGAACAUGAUCAGUUACUUCACUGUCAUUUGCCAUAUUGCUUUACAUAUGGGUCAGUAACACUUGAUAUUCUAACCUGGUGUGCAAUAAUCCAUACAUUGGAAGUGUUUAACUAUCGUACAACUGCWGUGAAGAUUGSUUUUUGCCUGUCCAUAGCCMUUAUUACAUUGUACCAAUGCAAUGCUGAUUCCAGGGCGCAAUUAUCUGGUUUACCCAUAGUGCAGAAAUGCUGUCUUGACUACAUGGAUUCUAAGAACACAGCCGACCAAAUUAAAAAGAAGAAGAAAGAGGCCAACCAGCAAACUGAAGUGAAAAAGACGAAGAAACACUGCAACCAGCAAACUCCUAAUGGGACAAACAAGAAAAAAUCUGAAAAUAGUAGUGAGGAACAACAGAAUGAUUGCUUGUGUCCUUUGAUAUGGCCGUCUGAUGCCUUAGUCUCACUACGGUGUGUGGCAUUUCUACAUAAUGUGUUAUGGUCAAACAAAUCUAAGACUGAGCCCCUUAUUGCAUCACAAAGACAGCAACAUGCAAUUGGCAAAGCCAAGUUCAGUUAUAUCAUAUCUAAUAUUUUAGAUACAGAAUCACUUGUUUUUCAACUUGGUGUCAUAGGAUUGCUGCUACCAAAAUUCCCCAUGUCUGCCUUGAAACAAGAAGUAGAGCUUUAUGACAUUGAAAACUGGUUAACUUUCCAGCUUGUUGACAUGAAACCACCUUCACAAAACGAUCUGGACUUGCUUCAUUCUCUUUGCCGAACUGCAAUGAAAGGAGGAUCUCACAGGUUGCUUUCACCAUGCAGUUCUUUCACCAGAGUUGUGCUAUAUCAUAACUACAAGGAGCUGUCAAUUCUAAGUGAUGAUGUACUGGGGCUAGUUUUUCAUACCCUCGAGUUUGCUGUCAUUCAAGACAACCAGGCAUGUCCACAAAAUCUGUUUGAGUUUUCCUUUGCAGUACCUUGGUGUAAGUUAGCUGAACUGACUUUGAGUAUAUUAGUUGUUGGCAAGACAUCCCAUGUGGAGCGUACAAUAAAAUGCCUGCUGAAUAAGAAUGGAGUUCUGGGGGAAGGCCUGCUUAAGCUACARCUUUCAUCAGAAGAUGUCAAAAACAGGCAUUUGCUUCAGUCUACUUUAAGAGCCAAGAGUUGGAUAUGCUUUGGAUUAGCUAAAGCAUUAUUAGAAAGGAUAAAAAGAUCCAGCAAGAGCUCCAGUUACAAUGGUCACAAAUGUAUUUCCAUAACAGAAAUCCUUACUGGGGUUACUGAUAGAACUCUUGAAGUAUUCCCACCUGUUAGCAGCCCCUCRGAUAUUAUGUCCCUCAAGAAAUUAGCCAUUCGUCUUGGUGCCCACAGUGCUUACCUUGAGAAAACAUCUGAUCACAGAUCGUUAAACUUUCCUGAGAAGACAUGA